AUGAAAAUGUUAUUAUGCUUAUUCUUAUAUGCCAUAUUUAUCAAUUGCCUAAUUAAGGAAUUUCAAGCAAGCCAGAAUUAUUUAUUUAUUGAAAUAUUUAGUGAUGAAUGGCUAGAUAUGAAAAUUGAAGUAGCAGAAAACUAAGUUAUAAUGAGUUAAAUAGCAUAAGAAAGUACUCAAUAUUUAUCCAUGUAUUACAAACUCAAAAUUGGAUUAUAAUAUAAAUUAGAUAUUUUUCUAUUUCCAGAAAGUAAUGUUACUAUUCAAGAACUCUCUUAUAAAAAUUGUCCAAAUAAUUGUUCAAAUUAAGGAAUCUGUUAAAAUUUGCAAUGCCACUGUCAAACUAUGGCAGCAGGGUAUAAAAUGCUGAUAUAAAUGUAGAGAUAGAUGCCAAUUUGAAGUUGUUUAACUUUACAAUAGGACUCAGUAUUCUGAAAGUCUAAAGCCUCAUUAAACAUUAAUUAUUGCAGUCUUUUAUUAAUAAUCUCAAUUAAUAGAUGAUUAAAAGUAUUAGUUUAUAUAAUUUUGA